AACGAAGUGAACGAGAAAUGGCGGUGCCGCCACUUGCGUCGUGCGAACGUCCGCGUGUGACGCGCGCAUUGCUAUCAGUAUUUUACCGUUAUUUUACGCUUAUACUUACGCUGAUACUUACGCCAGCUUUUACGCCGAAAUUUGAACGCUUCUCACACAGCAAAGAAGGGCUGAGUCAAUUGCCAUUCGCAAGAUAAUGAUAAUGCGGCCCAAAACGUGCGCUUCUUCACCACUGGUUGGUCGCUUAUGUUGUCUCGAGGCAAAAAGCACUAGCGUGUUGCGUGGUGGGACCAUUAUAUGAUAAAUCAUUUCUCAUCUUGAAGUCACGCCGUCUGGCUGAUGUAGCAGACGAUUAUUCGUCAGCUUAUUCUUAUUAUAGAUUAUUAUAGAUUAGACGACAGCUUAUUCAGGCGUCUCCUGCCGCGCUUACUUCGUCGAGGCAAUGAAGUAGCCACGAAAUUGCCAGCUUUCUUCAGCUGGCCACAAGUCUCGGCGACAUGGCAAGCGCAUCGCGCGAUUACGCCGAGUCCAGCUUCGAAGUAACGCUCUACGUGUACGACCUGUCCAAAGGACCCGUCAAACAACCCUCUCCCGUUCUCCCCGGAAAGCAUCAGGCCGGCAUGUGGCAGACGAGUAUUGUCGUCCACGGCACGGAGUGCUCCUACGGCCCGUCGGGCAUCGGCAGCCGCCCACUGCAGGAAAAGACCGUCCUCGGCAAACCGAGCCAAGUCAUCAGCCUUGGUCGCACGGAGAUACCUCGUGACACCUACUUGGAGUACAUUCGCAAACUGGGAGAGUCCAGCUACAAGGCAAGCUCGUACGACCUGUCCCGCCUCAACUGCAACCACUUCUCGCAAGACGUCGCCUUGUGCUUGACCGGCCGUUCCAUUCCGGCAGAGUUCCUGGAACCCUCCGACGAGCUGAAGCCACUUGGUAGCACUCCGGGGACUUCCUUUGAGUGCACCUCGAGCAGGGCUAGUGAGGGGCCGAGAUCUCCACACGGAGCACAUGAAAGAACGGAGACUUCGCCCUCCCUGAAACGCCGGUGCCGUCCGCAGCCCGGCUUGGCUCGCGGUGGAGCGCCACGAGAGACUAGUCCUGAUGCAGGAAGGGGUGAAGAAAACGAGGAUGAAAGCGGCGUAGAACAACCCGUCUUCUACCCUCAGGUCGACGGCAUCGCUGCUUUCAAGGAAAUCGAAGGACACCUGAACACAACCGCAACCACCGAAAACGAGUGGUCACAGCUGCGCAAGCUCUGCGAGUUCGUCGCCACUGGCAACGACGCUUGGGAGCUCGGCCCAGAGCUGCUCGACCUGCUAGAAAAACUGUUGACGUCGCGCGACGCGACGUGCGCGGCGCGAUUGUCGCUACUGCGCAUGCUCCAGGCGGCGGCUCUAACUGAGGACGUCAUCCUCCUCUUGCACCAGGACCGCAGGAAGCACGUCGUCAUGAACUACGUCAACCGAAUCGUCAACCUUCCCCCGCAGGAGCAGGACGAAGUGCUCAAGUUGCUCUGUAACCUGUGCAGCCACGACGCCAGCUGCGAGUGGCUGCUGUACAUAACCGAGUGGCGAGACAACAGCGGCCGGGUGUGCAGCAAUGCUAAAGCCACUGUCCGCGCCGUGGUCCACGGGCUCCUUAGCGACCGGCUGAUCGCGCGGGAGUUCGGCGCCGCGCUCGUCUUCAAUCUCACCACGAGGGAGCUGUUCGACGACGCUGCCGAGAGGCUGUCCGCGGCCAUCGCGCAGUUUUUGCAGGGGGAUCUCAGCGAAGAACAGGCUUACCGCUCUGUGACGGCUCUACAUCGCCUUCUGCGGGUCAACUACGAUUACGUGUCCGCAAAGAUCCGGACGAUCAUGCCGUACCUACGGAAGCUGUCUGGUUCUUCCGAGCGCGUCAAGAAGCAGGUCGGUCGUAUCAACAGUAGGAUUUCGGCCUCCACAUCAAGACCGCAUAAGUGAUUGGACGUUUCCAUACACAGCGUUUAUUCCGUAGUAAACAAAGAACUGAGUUGGCACUGUGUUCGAUACGUCAUCUAACACAGUGCAAGCUUUUUA